GUUUUUCAGUUUCUGAAUACAAACAUAACCAAUAAAUCAAUCUAUUGAGUUUUGCUUUUGAGAAGCUGUUUGGAAUGAAAUAAGUGGAAAUUUUGUCUGCUACUCUUUAAAAUCAUACAAAAAUGGAUAUUGGUGAACUUUUGUCCUAUAAGCCCCCAAAUACUCCGAAAAGACCGUUACCGGAGGAUGAGGUGGAAGAUGAAAACGAAACCGAUUACGAACGACAGAGAAAGAUAAGAAAACUGCUAAAAGCAAAACAGCUGGACGCUGAACGAAUGGAGAUGGAAAGAAUUCGGCGACUAAAGAGAGAGGAAGAGUUGGAACAGGAGAGAUUGGAGGAGGAGAAAAGGGAGGCAAUUAUGCGGAUGGUAGAGGACAACGUGGGGGGAGAAGAUGACGUUGUUGACGAAAGUUCGCUGAAAAAAAUGCUCCUCACUUUUGAAAAGAGAGCACUGAAGAACAGGGAGAUGAGGAUAAAAUUCCCGGAUAAUCCAGAAAAAUUUAUGGAAUCAGAGGUAGAGCUGAACGAAAUUUUACAGGAAAUGCACGUAAUUGCGACGGUGCCACAUCUCUAUCCGAUUAUCGUCCAACUGAAUUCGGUCGCCUCACUCUUAGAGCUGCUUUCACAUGAAAAUACUGACAUUGCCGUUGCUGUUAUAGAUCUGCUACAGGAGUUGACCGACGUGGACAUUCUUCACGAGGAGAAGGAAGGCGCUGAUUCGCUGGUGGACGCUCUGCUGAGUCAGCAAGCGUGCGCUCUGCUCGUGUCGAACCUGGAGAGGCUGGAUGAGGGGGUGCGGGAGGAGGCGGCCGGGGUGCACAACACCCUCGCCAUUCUAGAGAAUGCCAUCGAGCUGAGGCCGGAUGUCGUCAGGGAUGUCGCCAGUCAGGGCCUGAUGGGUUGGCUGCUAAAACGUCUGCGUGCCAAGGUGCCAUUCGACGCUAACAAAUUGUACGCCAGUGAGAUGCUGUCAAUUCUGCUGCAGAACUGCACCGAAAACCAGGCCGCCCUAGGCGAGAUGGAGGGCAUUGACGCCCUGCUACAGCAACUGGCGUUCUACAAGCGGCAUGACCCGGCCUCGGCGGAGGAGGCGGAAAUGAUGGAGAACUUGUUCAACGUGAUCUGCUCCAGCCUGGCCAUUCCCGCCAACAAGGACAAAUUCCUCAAGGGUGAAGGACUGCAGCUCAUGAACCUCAUGCUCCGAGAGAAGAAACUCAGUCGCAAUGGAUCACUCAAGGUGCUAAACCACGCCAUGUCCGGUCCAGACGGCAAAGAGAACUGCAACAAAUUCGUGGAUAUUCUCGGCCUGCGCACCAUCUUCCCGCUGUUCAUGAAAACGCCCAAGAAGAACCGCCGCCGCGUGCUGUCGACAGAGGAGCACGAGGAGCAUGUGGUGUCGAUUAUCGCCAGCAUGCUUCGGAGCUGUCGCGGCACCCAACGGCAGAGGCUGCUCAGCAAGUUUACCGAGAACGACCACGAAAAGGUGGAUCGCUUACUGGAGUUGCACUUCAAGUAUUUGGACAAAGUGGAGGAUGUGGAUGCCGAGAUUGAGAAGAAGAGGAAGAAAGCAAAUGAGAACAAUCCAUGGGAAUGUAACUGA